ACGAGAGUCGGCUUCUGGGUUCAUCAUAGAGACAUACCUCAUUCUCGACGACGUGCUGACGAACCGUGUGACGAAGCAAGGACAUGAUUUACAGGAUUAUUCUACAUUUCUUAUGGGAGUUGUGAGCCAAAUUUUGACCCAGCUUGACCCUCCGGGCAGCAUUCUUUUGAGAGCUAUUGAAAUCAACAAAAUCGGGCCGGUCGAUUAUGUAGCCGUCAUGGAGAACAAUGCUGUCAAUGCUCCUGGCACGCUCGGAAAUUUGGAAAAAUAUUCGAGGACGAAAAAAGAAAUGCAAUUUGCCGAUGCGGUCAUCAUUUUAAUAGGACGACCCAUGGAGCACAAGAGACCCGACGGCUCGACAUUUGUGUCGUAUGGUCUUGCGUAUACAAGGGGAGCUUGCAAUAGGCAUAAUGUCAUCGUUGCUCGAGACGAUGGGACGAAACACGCCGGGGCAUUGAGCGUUGCUCACGAAAUAGGCCAUUUCCUUGGUUCUACUCAUGACGGUGCUGAGUCGACAAGAGAGUGCCCAGCUAAUGGCGGUACCAUUAUGAGCCCAAGAGCCGAUGGCGAAAUCCGUCCACGGUAUUCAGAGUGUAGCAGGAAAGCCAUCAAAGAAUAUGUGACAAAGCGUGCUAAGUGCUUGUUUGAAGAAAAUUACCCCAUGGAAAUUACGACAGAGACAGAGGUUGCCAGCACUACGGAGGUUCCGACCACAACGGAAAAUCCAGAGCAUCAAAAGAGGAAAUGGGAGAAGUGUGAAAGUUUCCUACCAAAGAAUCAAUAUCUAGUGAAAGCUGAGCAAAUGGAUUGGUACAACCCUACCUGUAAAAUCCUCUGCACUGCUGGCUCAGACAUGUCAGAUGAACUGACCGUUUAUGCCGUGGUUGCACCAGAUCAGAUACCCUGUGGCAAUCCUGACGAUUCCAAGACUUCGAGUCCGUCAGCACCACGACAUCUCGCGCAGAAAAGGCCCGCAGUUUCCGGAAAGCCGCAUUCCUGCACGUAAGCCGUCAUCAAUGUCUCUGACGAAUUUUUUUCCUUCACGCUGUGACAAAGUCACCACUGGAGAUGACGAGGUUCAGUUCCAACGACAAAAAAGUAUUCGUUGUGUGGCGUUGAUGACGACAACAGUCGUCACCAACGUAAAUCAUGGAUGGUUGGUCAGACAAGUAAAUCAAAUUUGAAUUUCUAAAUGCUGUCGCAGUACAAGCCGGCGCAGUCACCAGCCGCUUUGAAAAACGAGGUGCACAUUUGGUGAGGAGGAGCAACAAUGCUUGCGAUUCAAAGCGGAAUAAAUGUUUAUCCCACAUACUUAUCUCACAAACACACUCUUAGUGAUCCCCGGUAC